CCGACCUUGGGCAGUCAUGCGAAGCACCAAUUGAUCUGCAGGUUUUGGGGUGCACUUGACACCAUCAUUAGAAUUUCUAUCAAAGCAAAUCCAUCUGUCGACACUGAGUCUUGACACCGUUCAUCAUUCUUCAUACAUUGUGGUGUUACCGAAGAUACCAGAUAAUCUCGCAAGCACAAUGUCUGAAGGACAUGUAUUUCAGAAAGGAGACUGUGUUCAGUGUAAUGAAGACUGGACGUACACAUCAUUAACGGCUGCUUUGCAUCACCUCCACUCAGCCCACACGAACUGUCCUUUGGAGGCAUCGACCAACAACAUCUUCGAAGAUCCAUGCACUGCUUUUAUCAAAGAAAGCUCUUCUCAAACAGAGACCUUCACGAACAACGAAACCACGUCUGCUUGCCACAGCUUUUAUACCUCUAUCAACAGCAUCAACAAAAAAGUUCAGAACAUUCACUGUUCGGUGAGUGGCACCUCGGACGAGAAUGGAACAAGAAAUCUCCGACCCCAUCUAUUAACCAACUUGGUCCAUGCUUUUGAGGAGAUUGUUGCCAAAUUUGUUGUGGCAGGCAGGUUCUUGAAACAGAAGAAUCUAGCUCGUCUCCAGAUACCGGAUGAUCGAGAUGGAGUGGCACUGGUUCCGCUCAAUGCUCUUGAAGCCUGGGAGAAAGAGAUUGACGACAAAAUCACCGAGCUCUUAAACUUAGCGAGGCGAGACGUCAUCAUUCUCGGCACCAGCAAGCGCGAUAUUGACAGGCUCAUCAUUGCUCCAGUUGGUCCGGAGUGUCUACUCGCUACAAUCAUCGCCAAUGUCGAGAAUAACACCAUGCUGCAGGGAAAUCACCGGAGAGUAGAUAUCAUAAGGUACUACAGAAAAUUGACGGCUAGGCUUCGAUUCGGAGCUAUCUCAGAUCCGAAGAGGAAGCGAUUUCUGGAAAUUUCGGCUCUGGAAGAAGAGCUCGAGGCGCUCCGCGCAUUGGUCCAUGUGCAGAGACGGCUGACAAUAGCAUACCGAAAUAUUCUGGACCCUGCUGGCUUCGACUCUAUUCAAACGGACUGGAGCUACCUCAAAGAUCGGCAUGCCAUGUUUCGCCUGGAGAGAACUCUUCUCAACUCACAAAAUCAAAAGCUUGCUGAAGAUGACGAUACACUGCGCCGGUUACAAAUGAUUGCAAGCGGGGUGAGGAACAGUCUGAAGCAGAACAUUGAGAUUCUCGAAGAGGGACAUGGGAAGGCAAUUCGAGUAUUCACUAUUGUCACGCUAUUUUUCCUCCCUUUGUCUUUUGUCACGAGCUUCUUCGGCAUGAACACGAAAGACGUGAGAGACAUCGACUGGGAUCAAAAAUUGUUUUGGAUGUCAGCAUUGCCGGUGACAAUUGGAGUGAUGGCCACGGCAUUCGUCUAUGGGUACAAGUGGGAUUCUGUUGCGAGCUACCUUAGUGUCAUCUUUCCAACCCAAAAGGCGGUUUCCCCGCGGCAUAUCUCCAGGGAUGAUAUGAUGCCGUUGAUGGAAGACAAGGUUGAAGACAGGACAUCACAUAACUCGCCGGCUGGGGAAACGCCCCGAUCGAGGUGGCCCGAGAGGUUAUCACAUAGGAUCACACGUCGACAGGGUAAAACUGGACGGGGGAUUCCGCGACGGCAGACGGGGGAUAGCCUUUUGAUCUAGCACUUUCCAGUAUUGAGUUCAUCUCACUUCAAUCUCAUGUACGCGGUCACCAGUCUAUCACUGUGAUGGUAGUAUCAGUCAGAAAUUAAUGAUAUUGAGCUUCCUGUUUUCCACAGUGAAUCUCCACCCACACU